AUGGCUUAUCGAGAUGCGGAAGACUGGCACAGGAGAACGUCCAGAAGGCACUACCCUCCCGGCCCGCUACCUGUCGCCGACUAUGAUUGGCGCUCCGGUGGUGAGACAACAUUCGAUUCGUUGGCGUACCGAAGACCCAAAGACUUAAUACAAGGAACCGAUGAGACAGCUUCGUCCCAUGAACGAAGCCGAAACUCAAGGAACAGCAGUGGUGCGUCUGUCACCGUCGUCGAGACGAUGCCCGUUCUGCCUAGAAACUCAACGACGGAAACCUACAGAAGGGGAAGGUUUCCAGUAGCAGCAUACGAAUAUGAUUCUUACGGAGAGGAGGAACCGCUUUCGGCCGGCCGGAGGAUGAGUCCAAGGCGUGCCCGAAGCCCGACGGCCGCUCAUCAUUCGAGACCCCGCCGAGUUUACCAAUCGAGGAGGUCAUCCACGUCCUCGCGGUCCCGCACCGAGCCCGAGACGGACAAAGAGUCGGAAACUAGUGUGUCGACCCAGGAAGAGAAGCGCCAAAGACGUCACGAGAGGGCCAGGAGGGAGAAGGAAAAGUAUGAGUUACGCACUCGUCGACCUGCGGUGGAGGAGCGGCAUCGGCCGUCGGGUGAGAAGAAGCCAAAGCGGCGCAGGAAGAUAAGGGAGAUUGUAUAUGUAGAGGAGGACGACGAUGAUGAAUCAACUGAGCCUGCACCGCGGCAGUCUCUUGAUGAACGCAGUAGAUCCCUUGCCCGACACCAUUCUCGGCUGUCCCGCUCGGCUUCUGAGAGGCACCAGUCAAGACAGCGCUCCUACAGCCCCAUUAGGAAGGCCAGUCAUCAUCGUCCGUCCCCGAAGACGUACGAGGUCGUCUCAAAGCCUCUAAACUCCUCUAAAAGGUUGGCAUAUGGAGUGCUCCCUUCUCAGGGUGAGUCUGACAUUGUGUUGAACAGACACCCUAGGACACGCUCCUCGGAGGUUGUGUACGCAGACUCCCGUGUCGCCCGUCGCCCCAAUAACAUUUCAGGGGCCGCAUCGCACGUUACAUCGCACAGCACGGCUUCCUCGAACAGACGUCCACCCAGUUUCUUGGGCCAUAUGAUCACCGGGAGUGCGCGAUCUCACUCGCCCGAGAAGCCGCCCAAGACAAUCAACUGCGUUGCUUGCUUGGACGACUUUCGCCCUACGAAAAUCGCAAAGCUCAAAUGCGGCCAUCGCAUGUGUGAUUCGUGUCUGAAGAGACGUUUCAAACUCUCCGUCACUGACUCUCAAUCUAUGCCUCCCAAGUGCUGCACCUCAGACCUUAUACCACUCAAGUAUGUAGAGCGCUUAUUGUCAUCUGACUUCAAGAUGAAGUGGAACAAAAAGUAUUGGGAAUACACAACUCGUAAUCGUAUAUACUGUCCUUCGAGACGGUGUGGGGAGUGGAUUAGACCAGGGGAUAUCCACCGCAGAGGCGGCCGUAAAUGCGGAACAUGCAAGGCAUGCGGUAUUGAUGUUUGUUGCUCUUGCAAAGGCAAAUGGCAUUCAUCAAGGGCUUGUCCCGAUGACGAAGAUACCACCAGAUUCCUGGAGCAGGCCAAAGAAGCCGGAUGGCAACGAUGCUACAAGUGCAGCCACAUGGUUGAGCUUGAGGAGGGCUGCAACCACAUGACAUGUCGUUGCGGAGCACAAUUUUGUAUGAUUUGCGGCGUAAAGUGGAAGAACUGCGAAUGCCCGUGGUUCAACUAUGAUAACCCCGAGGCGAACCGACUCCAUGACAUGCAAGUUCCUGUCGCAAUACAGCGAAUGGAGACACUAGAUUUAAACACGACGACGCGAAACAUCCGACCGAUAGUGGAAGCGGAGCGGCCUCCUCGGUCUCGUUCACAAGAUUACGACGACAGGCUGGUCCGGAGGUUUCAGGAUAACCGUGAUGAAGACAAUACGCGACGGUUUUCGAGCUAUGACGACAAUGUUUUAGACAGAGGGUACGGGGAUGUUGUCGGUAUGGGGAACACGGCAGGGCAUUUUAUAAAUGAUGACUAUCGCAGAGACGUAGACGACGUAUUCGGAUCCGGGCCGCCCGUGCCCCCGGCCCCAACGCCACCAGCAGCAUUCGAACGACCCACGCCAACGGACUACAUGUCGGGGGUCAAUCGUGCACGAGGCCUUCCACAGGACUCGAUGGGUCAGCGGUUGGCUGAGCGUUUCUCGGAGUAUCGAACCAGCCCGGGCGGUCCACGUACGGGCAUGGCGCCGACCUCGCCGCAUGCAGUUCCUGUUCUCGGUUCGAUGACGGCUCCUCCCAUGGGACCUCCUCCCCCCAUGCCGGCCCCCAUGGGAAUGGGACCUCCGCCACCAAUCCCCAUGCUGCGGCGACACACGAUGGAGGAGGAGUUGUACAACAGUGCCAGGACGACGCGACCGUCGGAGAGAGUGGUUCCAGGGCGGAUGAUCCACGAUUAUGAGAGAGAAGCAGCGGUGCAUGCUCCCCACGCCCGAAGGCGCCCGUACACAGAACCCAAAUCCUCCACACUCGCCGGCCUCACAGGCCCGGGGCGCGGCAUGAACAGGGUAUUCGAGUGGCGGAACCAUGUCCAGCCAGGUGCACCCGAGGAGAGUGCUCGGGCCUAG